ACUGUGACCAGAGACAAUAUUCGUAAUCUGGCAAAUUCUGCUUUUCGUUUGUAGGUUAUGUUUAGUGGUGAAUUGUCAAAUUUAGUGUUAAAUAUUUUCUUGGAAAUCUUAUAGAUAUGGAGUGGACUAAACCCGAACGUUUUACUUAUUAGUAAUCGUGAGAUUUUGAUCCCCAUUGAAUUGGAUAUGAAAUUGUAAUCGUUUCGUCAUAAUGGCUGUGUAGAUUGCCGUGUCGCUUGACAUUGAGAUGUGAAUCCGAAAGUUGAUACGCAUUUUUCGAUAGGAAAGCUAUCAUCGUUGUGAGCGUACAAUAGUUCUUAUGCAUCACGAAUGAUCCCAGUACACAACUCGGAGUACACUAAUUAUAUCAAGAUGACGUCGAGUCAACUGUCCGUUAUUAAACUUUACAAUACCGUAGUAGAUGACGUUAUAGCCGGAGUGCGGGACUGUUUCUUAGAUGACGGUGUGGAUGAACAAGUGCUGCAGGAGUUAAAACAGUUAUGGAAGACCAAAUUAACCGACAGUGGUGCGUUGGACCCGCCUCCAUUGGAACCCGCGAUGCCACCGCCACCAGUAUUACAAAAUUUUCAAAAAGCAAAUGGGGGCAAUGCGAUACAAAAACGUAUUCCGGAUGCGCAUAUGGCGCAGACCUCGAGCCAUCAAAGUUCAGGGGCGGAGCAUGGAGCACCGGGUCCCAACUUGGCCGGCACUCAUCCCCACAUUUUAGAUCCCAGCAAUAAAGUUCCAGUGCAAUUGACUCUUCCGGCGCAGCCUGGUGUCCCAGGAUCGCAACCACGUUCUUUCACUAUUCAAAUUCCAGCCUCUGCUCUAAAUGGUAACAAGCUUCAUCAGGUUUUGACUGGGCCCAUAAUCAAUGCAACAAUUAGUUUACCUCAGCCGCUAGCUGCAACUCUUCUUCAACAACAUAUUAAUUCUGCACUAGCAGCACAACAAAAUGAGUUUGAUGGUGGAGGGGGCGGCAGGAGCGGUGCGGCCCCAUUUUCCCUAGAUGGAGCACUGGAUUCUUCAGAUGAUGAAGGCUCAAAUGGAGGUGAGGGCUCAGAUGAUGCAGCAGGGGAUGAUGAUGAUGAUGAGGAAUCUGGAGAAGAGCCAGCGGAGGAGGAGGAGGAGGAGCGGGAUGAGGAUGGUGGUGCUGAGGAGGAGCCCCUCAACUCGGGCGAUGAUGUGUCUGAUGAAGAGCCCGGUGACAUGUUUGAUACAGAUAAUGUUGUUGUAUGUCAGUAUGACAAAAUAACUCGCAGUCGCAACAAGUGGAAAUUUUACUUAAAAGAUGGGAUAAUGAAUUUAGCUGGAAAAGAUUAUGUCUUUCAAAAAGCCAACGGAGAUGCAGAGUGGUGAAAUGUUCUCUUACCAAAAAUACGAGUUGUGUGUAGGUAUUUUAAUGUGUAAGGUGUCUCAUGACUAGAAUAAUUCUUACCAAAUGAAAAUGUGCAACGGCAAGUGGUGGAUCUAUAAUAUAUAUAUCUCAUGAGGUUAAUAGUGGACAUGUUGGCUUUUAUCAGGGAUGGUUGGACAGGUUACUCAUUGAAUUACCUUUUUAAGCCAUUAUAAUCAAACACCGGAUUGAGGGGGGCAAAUCUGAACUGACAUUUAAUAGUGCGAGGACAAAUUAAAUUAAUUUUAUUACUUGAUAUCGAUAAAAAUUACGUACUACCAUUGUGUAAUUUUAAGAAUGUGAAUGAAUGGUAUAUUGCAAGCUAAAAUAAGUAGCAAGUCCAGGUUAAAUACGUUUUGGUUUUUAGCGACGCUGUUAUGCCUUUUGCUUCUUAUAUGCCUUUGUACGGAAAACUUUUUUCGUGACAUGAAUUUUACAUUUCUUGCAAAAGUAAGUCGUACCUCGAUCUUCUAUAUCUGAAUGGUCAGUUUUCCAUGAAAAUGAAUGAUCUUUUUUCUUGUGAGGCAUUUUUAACCAGCUUAAAAAAACAAAAAGGUAGGCGUAAUUAAUCGGAAUGCUAAAUAAUAUUGUUGUACUGAAUUAAUUAUUCAAUGUAAUUUCAAUACUUGUCACAAGUGACUCGACACUGUCAAUGUCAGAUAUCGGCUGUUUUUACUUGUGAUAAGUAUAAAUGAAAGAGGUUCGCACACAAUUAAAUGUAUUCAAACUUAGCCAUUAGCCAUUUUGAUAAUGAUGGAUAAAAUUGUUUUUUACGAUGUCGAUAAAUUUAGUCGAUUUUUAAUUAAUCACUAGAACUGGUGCACUUUUGCCCCCGUCAAUCCGGUGUUUGAUUAUAAUAAUUUCUGCCUAGUUAUUUGACAAGAAGAAAUAUUUUAAAUAUGUAAGUACCUAAUCUUUUCAAUAUUUAGUUACAAUGUUAUUGUUUUAUGAUUUACUCACAACAAUCAUUUGGUAUUUAUUUUAAUUAAGAAUGUCUUAUUGAUAGAACUUUAAUUGCUAAAAUGCAGUCCAGAAAUUAAUAAUUUGAGAUUUCUAAUUCUGGGUAUUGGGUUGAAGAAGAGUGUGAGAAUAUUUCAACACACUGGAUACUUAAUUAUAAUUUGCUUUAUUAGCUUCACUAAUUAAAUACCUAGUAACAUUUCAAAAAGAUCACUCUUGUGCCAUAACAAAAGUAUUUAAGAACUGAAUUAAAAAAAAUAAUAUAUUUUAAGAAUGUAUAGAAACAUCUCGUUUUUUAACUAGAGAAUGAACAAUAAAAUGACCACUAAUGUAACGCUACAUAAUUUAGUGAAGCUAACUGGCAUUCAAGAAAAAACAAAAACAAUUUUUAUUACAAGACCAACCUAUGUGUUAUUUCUAAAUUGUGGACUGGUACAUAAUUCCUUAUAUGUUAAAAUCAAGUAUUUUGGUAAUAUAAAUGUGACUUUAGCAAGGAUAGCACAAGAAACAAUGUGACACAUGUUACAAGGAAAAAGACUGCCCUGAUUGACCCUGUCCCAUGUCCACUGUCCCAAUCUGAAUUGUUAACCUUACGGUUUCAUAAUAAAGGCUUGCCGUGACUCUUAUUUGGGGCACGGACAGUGAAUGUCUCAAUCACAGAAAUAAAUAUACCAUAAAAGACGCAAAUGCAUCUACUUCGCGUGUCCGAACCCCGACCAAGCAUCGAGGUUGACCGUCGCUCUUGACAGUCCACACUGCUGGUUGUUGCAGCCGGACGUCUGUGAAAACUUAAAAAAUGCUUCGUUGUUACUGCAACAGCCCAAUAAUUGCGAGCACUUAAAGGCAAGAUAUAUUUCCUAUCACACAUAAGUAAUUUUAAAAUUAUAUUAUGCGUAAAUUUUGUAUGAAAAAGUCGGCACACUUGGUUUCAAAACAAAUCGUGGUAUUUGCAUCAUCUAGCGUAUAUAUUAAAUCUGUGGUCUCAAUACAGAUACGAAGGAAAAGGUAGUCUAUCUCAUGUGCAACAUGGGUCAUGGUGUUCCUUGUACUAGCUGUGCAGUACAAGAUGUCCACCUACUGAUUUUAAUAUUUGUAGAUUAUCUCAUUCCAUUGUGUGACCACAGUUUAAAAAAAAAAUUAGUAUAUUUCAUUUGUGAACAGACCCAAAUUUCUGUAUAUGGCAUAUGAAUUUAUAUACAGUGAGCCAUGAUUCUGAUGGUCAGUUUUACUAAAGAAUGCAAAAAUUACGGCAUUUCAUAAAAACUAAUUUGUUUAUUUUACUGUAAGUAACUAAUGUAAUUUUUAUGAGUUCCAUCGUUAUUAGGUGAUGUGUUUCUAUAAUUACACUUCUUCAAUUACCUAAAUAUAAUUAAUCUUAUGUAUUUUAAAUUUAAUUUCUAUUGGGAUAUUACAGUUUUGGUUAUUUUGAUGUAACAAAUCUACUAAUUUAUCAAAAGCAUCAGUGUUUGCUUAGCAUAAACUUUUUAUCUAUUAUGUAACCAAGUAAACAUUGAGUUUUUUUUACUGGGUAAUAAUGUUUGGUCUUUAAGGGUGUCUUGUGUCAAAUCAAAACACACACAUGAAUUCAUGAUCUGAAUGUUUAGAAAUUUGUUUGAAUGAUCUCAUGAACCAUAGACUUUCUGGUCCUGAAUUCAUGAGCGCAAGAUCCCUUCAUAUUUGUGUUAGCUGUGGAAUGGAAUUGGAAACAAUCUAAAGGGCAUUCAACUCACAUAAAUUCAUGAUCUCAACUUAUGGUCUGAAUUUUUAUGAGUCAUGAAUUAAAUCAGAUGCAUGACAGAUCCAUAUGAAUAUUUCAGAUAUUAUUUUCUAUGACCAAGGAAAUCUGUCAUUGAACAUAGACAAUAAUCUGAGUAUAUCUUAAUCUAAGAUAUUCAUAAAUGAAUCAUAAAGUUUCAGAUCAUGAAUGAAUGUGAGUAAAAUUCCUUAAAUUGAAAAUAAUCUCGGAGGGAAAUGGAAAUGACCAGAGGGUCUACCGCGAAAAUCAAAAUUUCGUUAUCUGCAUCUCCAUCUCUCGAAUAUGCAAAAGUGAUAGAGAGGCAGACAACGAAACGUCAAAUUCCGCAGUAGGGCCUGAGAUGAGGGGCAUGUUUAAUAAGCUAAAAGUUACAAUUUUACGUAUGUAGACCGGUAACUGACUCGCGCUUGACCAAUGGAGUCAGGCCAUUUGAACAAUGUUGAUGGAUCAAACGUAUAAAAUUGUAAGUUAUAGCUUCAUAAAAUGGGGUCCAGAUUCCAGAUUUGAUACCUAGCUACAAACAAAUUAUUACAUAAAAGAAAAGGAGUGUAAAAAACCCAUUAGUUUUUUAGUAUAUAUUGUGAUAUGAUCAAUAGUAUCUAAUUUUAUUGUUAAUUUUAAUAGGUGGGUUAAAAAAUAGGUACCUAUUUUGGAAGGUGUUCUCUGUAAGUAUGUGUUGUUCUGUUCAAAUUUUGAAGGUAGAUAUAAUGCAUCAACUUAGUUCUCAUUUAAGUUUCUUGCGGUUUGUGAUGAUUGAAAUUUUUGACGAAAUUGUAAUUAUAAUAAAAAUAUGUUACAUUA